UUUGCGCCGGGUAAAUAAACACCAUUGAGUACAAUAAAAAAAUGGAGCUCAACAAUGUCGAUUUUUUGUGAGAUUAGUUGGAUGCAUGCACAUACAUAACUUUACCAACCAGAGCCGAAAUUUCCAUUACAAGAAGAGAAUGAAUAAUCAUAUCGACAGAGAAGACUGAAAACCAGUUUGAUAAUGGAAGAGGAAGAGGAUGUCGAGGAGCUGGGGGAACGGAUCUAUAAAUUGAUUUAUCCUGGAUAUUCGAACAUGGCAGGAAAACUUACGGGAAUGUUGCUGGAGCUGCCCAGCUGUGUGCUGGCACAGAUGCUGCAGGAUGAGAGCAUGUUGGCCAAGGCUGUGGAGAAAGCACUCAGUGCCCUGCAGCCUUCUCAGCACACCGGUAAGAUGGAAGCUGAAGGAGAGGAUGCAGUGUCAGCAUCCUCAGACUCUCUGGGUGAGCAGCUCUAUGAACUCGUGGACACCCACAACACCGGCUUCACAGAGAAAAUCACAGGCAUGUUACUGGAGCAGAGGAAAGAGGACGUGCAGAAACUCCUGUCAGACCGCGGUCUUCUGGAAGAGGGGAUUAAAGUCGCACUAAAGACGCUGGAGGAACAGAACUCUUCGGAAACUGAUGUGAGCGACAGCUCAGAUCCUGAUGACAUAGACAGGAUGGGAGAGAAGCUCUUUGCGAUCGUGCAACAGAUCGACGCUCAAAACUGUGCUGACAUUACGGGAAUGCUUCUGGAAAUGGAGCCUAAGAUUCUCAGGCAGCUUUUCUGUGACCGAUCCAUGCUGGAGGCAGCCGUUAAGAGAGCCCAGGCAGCCAUAGUCACAGCAGCCCACACAGCCGUGUAGGUGAUGCAGCUUCUACCCAGUGUGUUAAAGGAGCCCCAGAUUUUGGCUGAACCUUAAAUAGCUUUUUGGUGCAAGUCUUAAGUGUCAAAUGUCCGCUGUUAAAAAUUGCCAACAAUCCUCAACGGUUACUAAUUUGCAUUUUUGAUUUUUAUUGCAUUGUCUCAUUUAUGAGAGAUAAAGUUUUGAGUUUAAUUUUAAUAUUGCUGCUUGAUUUUUUUUGUGUAAUCUUGGUUUCGGCAAAUUUCUAAAUUCUUUGAUACUGACAUGAUUUUAACAUUUUUUGUUAUAAAUGUCAUGCAUUUUGAAGAGCUGUAAUAAAGCAGAAAGCCUGAGUGGAAAACAAUAGUCAUUCCCAGACUGCAGUAUAUCGCCUGCGAGGGAUUCCAGCACACAUUCAUCCCCUGAAAGGAAUUUCUGGAUGUCUGGAUGCACUGGAUGUCUGGGUGUGGAUCUGUAUGAUUUUAAUGUAUCAAAUUCCUUUUGAAUGUACAGUAGAUCACAAAAGCAUAUUUAAUGUGCAACGCAUCUCCUAAAUUAACCUGAUUUUUGUUGUUGUAGCAUGAUGGUUAUGUUGCACUGGGUCUAUGUAAAACAUGUUGUAUUAGGUGUUUCUUUGUCAUUUAUUGAUUUAUUGUGUUGAUUUGUUAAUAUGUAAAAUAAAUUGUUUUAAAUGA